AUGAGUUUCCCAGGAACCAAUAUCCCCAACCGACAAUCCAUCUUUAGGAUGCAUAAUGCAGGAUCCGAUUUCGAACAGGACCCUAUAGGCGACAACAUUUCUUGGGUGACUGUGGAACUUCCCUCCAGCCUGUACCACACCCAUACUGACCAAUUGAUCCUAGAGUAUGUGAUUCUUGAGAUUCAGAAUGGGCGCGCUGCCAUUCAUCGAGUGGCACAGCAUGCGUUUAGGUAUGAGUGUAUUUCGUUCCCGCUGGAUGAUCUUCCGGCCUCGUAUGACCUGGCGGAAGCGAGGGAUGAGAUUAUGGCCCAAGCUGAGAUGCUCGCAGAAUAUUGGCUGAUACAAGUGUGCUCUGGUAAGGCUUCUCUUGAUCGAGGACGUAUCUUUUGUAUUGGAUUUAUGGAUCCGCAUUAUGGCGAGGAAACUGAGUACUAA